CGUCACGUGACCGUCCUUCGACAGGAGUUUCCACGACAGCUGAGUAGCAGCUAAAUGCGUCUUUUCACCUGUAACAUUCAUCCUUUUUUCUACUCCUGUGAGACCGACUCGCGCGAAAUGGGAGACAAGAAGAGUCCCACGAGGCCAAAGCGGCAGUCCAAGCCCUUCUCCGACGAUGGGUACUGGGACUGUAGCGUCUGCACGUUCAGGAACAGCGCCGAGGCGUUCAAGUGCAUGAUGUGUGAUGUCAGAAAGGGGACGUCGACUCGAAAACCACGGCCUGUCUCUCAGCUGGUUGCCCAGCAAGUAAAUCAGCAGUUUGCACCACCAACACAUCCCAAAAAGGAGAAGAAAGAAAAAUCAGAGAAAGAUAAAAGCGAUAAAGAACCUUCACUGAAAAAGAAAAGCCAUAAAAAGAUGAGGCCCCGGUUAAAAAACGUAGACAGGAGCAGCGCCCAGCACCUGGAGGUCACAGUUGGAGACUUGACUGUAAUAAUCACAGACUUUAAGGAGAAAGCCAAACCCACGUCCACUUCAACGAGUGCUGCCUCAGCAGACCAACACAGUCAAAGCGGCUCGAGCUCCGAUAACACUGAACGAGGCGUCUCCAGAUGCUCUUCGCCCCGCGGUGAAGGCUCGUCGGUCAACGGAGAGACGCACUAACCUUCAAACCUUCACACUCCCAGUCAGCACAACCCCUUCUUCUGCACUCUCAACAGCCUCAACCAGAGAUUAAACUUCAAAAUGCACGUUUUUUGUUUUUUUUUUGUUAAUAAUACUAUAAAUGCCAAUCAUGAUAGCAUUCACUUUCCAAUUUGGGGUUGUAUUUUCCACAGCCUUCCCACGGCGAUAAGGAAUUCAGGAGUCAGGAUGCUGUAUGCUGCACACUCAAUACUCAGAGAACUGAUGCAGCAACUCUCAUCAUGAUGAACUGAGAAAAGGAACAGUAGCAUUAAAUCCCGGAUGUCGGGUGUUGUGGUAACUCGCGAUUUAACACCUCAGCGUCGCGUCGGCAUCACAUUCAGUUGGUCGUCGCUGCACAGAACACACGAUGCAUUAUGAAAGAAAUGUGAAGAAGUCAUCUCAGAAUUGUAGUUUAUCCGUGAAUUCAUUAUUUGCACUUAAUGGCAUCCUGUGUUCACCAUAACAUUGUUUUUAGCAUUAUUUCUACUUUGCCAUUAUCAGUAAUCCUAACACUGUUGGUUACUGGCCUUAUCCAGCUCUCAUUUUUACAACAUUGGAUGCAAUAAUUUGUUUUACUGUCUAACGUUUGAGUACAAAUAUUGAACAGUUAUUCUAAGUCUGCUUCUCCUUCACUUGGUAGAGUUAAGCAUGAUUUAAUCUAUAGAAUGGUUUAUAUUGUAAAAUAAUGUUGAAUAAAAUAAGAUGUAGAUACUUGAA